CUGCACGGACAGCUGCCCAUGCAGCCUCCUCCCCAUGAGGGCUUCCCAGCUACCUCCCCUUGGGAGCCCCCUGAGAGAGAUUUUCUCUGUCCCCAAACUACGGCUGCAGAGACUCAGCACACGUCAUCGGCUCAGCAGGUCCUGCCUGUGGAGACCUCCCCUGCACUUCUGGAAACCAGGCUGCAGAAUCGCCAGAGACAGCCACAGACGGAAGACGUCGACUUUUAUGUAAUUGAACAUUGGAAAAUAAUAGUCGUAUCUAGUUGUAGGGACAUUGUCAUGCUAUGAUCAUGUGACGAGGUGGGACGUUGAAUCCAGCUAACUGGCAGGUCACACCUCCCUCCUGAUUGGAACUGCCUGCCCUUUCCCUCUGCCCUCACGCCCUGGCAGCCACCUACUGCCGCAUGCUUCUGUGAGCUCCACUCUUCAGAGAUUGGGCAGGAUUUGCCUCUCUCUACCUGACUCAGCAUCAUGCCCCCCAGGUCCAGCCACUUGUGGCAAAUGACAGGACUUCAUCGUUUUUCUGGCUGCCUAGUAUUCCAUUGUAUGUGCGGACCACGUUCACCCCUUUAUCUGUUGAUGGACAUGGGCUGAUUCCACACCUUGUCUCCUGUGAAGAGUGUGCCGAGGACCUGGGUGCGAGUCUCCUCAGCCUGCUGACUCCAGGUCCUUUACAUGCACAGGGGUGGGUCACUGUGUGCACACACAGGACUCUUACUGCCUACACCAGGCUUUCAAGAGGCAGUGAGCCUGCUGGAUUGCUUGGUAAUCUUCUGCCCCAAAACCCUGACUUCUUGCAUUUCCAAAGUACCGACACACGUCUCCCCGUCUGUCCAGACAGUGCUCAGGAGGAAAGGCUGGGGAAAGCCCUCCCUGAGGGGGCCUGGCUUGGCCAGCAGCACACGUCGUCCAUGUGGGGGGGGCAGCAGAGCGCUGCAGGAGCCCACCAGCUCCGUGGAGGUGCAGAAACACCAAGUUAACUAGAAUAAGAAGGUCCCUCUGAAACAACGGUUCCAUUUCCAAUGUCCAGGGGGUCUAAUGGACCCAGGUGAACGCGCGACCCUGGGCUUUCGCCCUUCGUGACCCUCGGGGAACUGCUCUCGGAGUGGAGGGGGCCUGCGAUGCCCCCACACAGCCCAUUCCCUGUCUACCACCCGGGAUCCCAUCCCAGGCUUGAGAGGCGGAUCGAGUGUCCAGCAGGGCCGCACGGGGCAGGGUCCUGCCUGUCCUCGUUCCCAGUCCUGUCCUCCAGGAGCAACCGCGCAUCUCACCAGGACGGAGCAUCCCGAUCUGAACCACUCCCUCCUUCAGGUUCAGAGGAGCCAUCGAUUCCUCCAAAGGGACCUAAAGACAAGAGCAGAGCUUCUUAUGUCAAGCUGAGCCUCUGUGGGACCCUGGGAGACUGCACCCGUCACACCCAGAGUGGGGUGGCACCCACAUCAGACCUCGGAGAGCUCAGAGCUGCCUGGCGUCUCUGGGGACUGCAGAGGGGCAUCACAGGCCACCCACCUGCCUCAGGGUUCCCUGACCACAAGGAGAGACCUGGAGUUCCGCCUGGCCACUCACUGACCACGGACUUUCCCUUAUCUCAGGGACUGGCCAGUUCCAAAGAGAACCAGCCCCUGGGCUUGGAUGCCAGACACACUUGCUGGCGGACUCUACCUCGAGCUGUUGGCUGAAAUUGGGGCCAGUGGCCACAGCCUGCUGCAGGCCGCUCCUGCAGAGGCCUCUGAGAGGGCAGCUCGGGCAGCACUGUCCUGGGCACUCACUGGUCACUGCCUGGCCAUCCUUCCUUCCGGGAAUGGCAGCCAUGUUCCAGGGUGCUGUCCAUCAGGGCUGGUCUCCCAGCCAGGUGUGUGAAGCCCCUGCAGGACCCAAGAGAGGGACAGGAAGGAACAGCAGUGGGCAUUCGCGUGGGCAGUGGCUGCACAGACCCCCACCACCAGGGCUGAAAGGCAAGGUCUCCCCGCAGGGGCAACAGCCCACAUUCCAGGUCACCUUCGUCCCCAGGGCUCCUCAGGACCCCUGGACCCCUGGCAUCGGCACACAGGGUCUCCAGGCCCCGUGCCAGGGGGAUGCCAGCUGCAGAGCUCUGGGCCUGCCCGGUGGCCAUCCUAGUGGAGGUCUGCCCUGGGAAGCCACCAGGCCCUGGGCACCUUGGAGAGGGGGAGAAAGGGCGGCUUCUGACCACUGGGUGGGGUCAGAGAGAAAAGGAGUCCAGGGCCAAAAACGCGGGAGCCAGCCAGAGCAGCCGGAGGGACGGAGCUGCCGCCACAGGGGACAGGCCUGCAGGGAAAGCCAGGGCAGUGUGCGCCAGGCGGGGGCUGGGAUACUCACCUGGGGGGAGUCGGGCUUGAGUCUCCUGCCUCCACCACUCAGGCAGGAGCCCAGGGCGAGCUCGGCAGGUGCCCCAGGCGCUUUCAGAGCAGCUGGCCGCCCACCGCAGGGUGCUCAGGCAAGGUCCUCGGGAGAAGCUGGAAGAGCUGGACAGGGGCCGCCCUGGGCAGAGAAGUCUGGAGCCCCAGCACAGGCGGCAGGAGACCCUCAAGCUCAUGCAAACGGCAGAGGGCCAGUGAGGAAGAGCAGGGGGCCUCGGAGGCCAGUCCUACCUUUGUGGCUGGAGAGCCCAGAAGGCCCAGGUGUAGGCGCACAGGAAGCCACCGAGGCUGUCAGAGCCAGGCUCAGGCCAGUCAUGUGGUCAGUGGACCAGAGCCAGAGCGCAAGGCUGUCCCUCGUGGGUCCCUCAGAGCACCCUCAGAUGGACGGAAAGCGGAAGGAGCACGCACACCGAGCUCCAGAAGACCCCAGACGCCCUCCCUGGACAGCGAGAGGCCAUCUGUGCAGUCACAAGGGCAGAAACCACAGAGACAGCGCCGUCCUGUGGGCGCUUUGGCCAGGGUUCUCAGAGACUCAGACCAGCAGACAGACUGACAGCGAGGAACUGCUCAGGCAGCCCCCCGGACACAAGUCCCCAGGCCCACGGGAGCCAGGGGGCACUCGAGACUGACGGCAAGGAGGCCCAUGUCCAAGUUCCAAUUUGUCCCUGGAAGCUGACCACAUCCAAAACACCCAGGACCAGGCUUGACCAGAGCCCUGACACCUUGCGGCUCAGUCAGGCUGGCACAUAAGAGAACUGGCACAGUGGACACUAACAUUCAAAAUGUCUCCCAAAAAGACACCCAGAACCUUUCAGGGCAUGUGCUGACCUCUGGAGUCCCACAAAGAGAAUCUCCACAAGGACAGCCAAGGGGCCCCUGUCUCUCUGGGCACUGUCCACCUUGGCCUGCCAGGCGUCCUGCUCUCUGGCCCCCACUCCUUCCUGUCAGGCCUGACGGGGGCUCAGCCAUGCUAACCUUUGCGGCCUCCUGGCCCAGCGCUGGCACAGAGGGCCCUCAGAUGGACAGCACCAUUGGCAAAGCCAGGAGCAGCUGCUUGGGUGGGGGGCACAGGUGCCCCCUGGUACCUGGAUCCUGCCGUGCUGGACCUGGAGAGUAACCCAGGGGGUGGCAGACGGCAGCCCACCCGAGAGCCUGCAUCCCCAGCUCCACCUGCCUGCUGGGUGACUCCAAGAAAGUCCCCACACCUCCCCGCCCACCUGAAAAGUGGAUGCCUGGACCCCCACCCCACAGAGUCAUCAAAGGUCAGCAGGUGGGUUCCACUGCCAUUGUCCCAGGACAGCAGGGUCACGGGCACAAGUGAAUGGGGUCGCCUGCCAUCAGCCACCCCAAACACUUGCUGGAGGAUCCCUCCAACCACAGCACUGCACAGACAAGGUCCUGAGGAGCAGCAGGGGUCACUGGUAAUGAGGGGCCCAAGAAUGCCCCUGGCCUGAUCCCCAAGACACAGGACCAGCUCCCCAGGCUGCAGCGUGUGGCCCAGGAGAGCCACCUGGCAGCACUUUGCCUGUGAUUGUCAUCGGAACUCCCAAACUGACAAGGGGAGAAUGGGUGGAGGAUGGAUGGAUGGA